AACCUGGAAGAAUACUCAGCUUGGAGAUGAAAUGAUUCGCAGGUUACAGAAUGAAGGACUGGAAGCUGCUAUUGAAAAACAACAAUAUAUAGAUCGGUUGCAGUCAGAAGUUCUAGCAUUAUCUGAGGAGAAAAUGAAAACAGAGGAGCUGGAGAGAGUCAAUCAAGAAUUGGAGAAAGAGAAAGAGAAGCUGGAAUCAUUCACAAAGGAAAUCCAAGAGGAAUAUGACAAAAUUAAAGAUGAACUUGAAGAAACAAACAUGUUGGUAAAACAAGUAGAAGAUGACAGAGUUGCAUUGAAAUUGUCAAUGCAGCAACAGAGUCAGCAGCUAGAAAAUUUGAACAAAGACAAACAACGAAUCCUUGAGGAACUGAAACAAAGCAUGGCUGGGCAGACAACUCUUAGUCAGGAAAAGAGAUCAUUAUCACAGCGGACAGAGAAGUUGCAGCUUCAGUUGUUGGAAAUUGAAAACCAGACAAAGAGUAUUGAAGAUGAGAAGAUUACAGCUGAAAUGAGGCUUAGAGACAACCAAGAACGACUUGAUCAGCUGGAAGAGGAGAAAACUGCAAUAUCAGAGCAUGCUUUUGAGCUGGAAACAACAAUCCAUGACCUGGUCACACAGAAAGAGUUAACUGAGAAAGAACUUAAGGAAGAAAUCCGAGCCAGAAUAUCAGCAGAAGAGAGACUAAAAGAAGCAGAGAGAUCUCUGAAGUGCCUGGAUAGUGCUGUGGAAUCUCAAGCUCAUCGCAUUGAAAGUGAGGCAAAAGAAGAAAUGACUGUCAAUGUCAGAAAGCUUAAAGAUUUCUUUGAGGAUUUGGCGGAAGAAGCACGCAUUACAUCAGAAAAGCCAUUGAUCAUUAGAAAUGGAGUAAUGGCCAGAAAAACAAUUGCCCGCAGAGCCAAAACUGUGAAAUAUGAGAAUAACAGAAAACGGUCAAGAAUUUAUUUUUCGUGCUUUUUCCUCAAUCCUUAUCAAACCCCUCCUGGCAUAUACAAUUAG